UACCUAGGUCACCGAGUACUGACUCACUACUUUCGUCCGGCUACUUGUAGUAGCACCGCCGAUUUGGGACUCCGCCAGUUGGCUUUUCCCUCCCUUCUACUCAAUCCCAGAAAUCAAGAAAUUAAGCUCCCAAAACUCCCACCGCUCGCCGCAAUAAAGCAUACAAUAAAUUCGAAUUCUCCUCUCUCCCUUCGAUUGGAAGGAAGAAACGCAAAGUGAAGCCUCGUCGCCCGGUCGUCAGCGGGAACGCAAUGGGGAGAGGCAAGGUGGAGAUGCGCCCAAUCGAGGAUAAGAGCACUCGUCAGGUGACCUUCUCGAAGCGGAAGCGCGGCCUGCUCAAGAAAGCUCGGGAGCUCUCGGUGCUGUGCGACGUCGAGGUCGCCGUUAUCGUCUUCUCAGCCGGCGGCAAGCUCUACGAAUUCUCAGGCGGUGAAAGAACCUUUAGAGAGAGGAGUCUCUCUGCGGUGUAGCCGUUCCUGCAUCUCGGGAUUAGCUGGUUCGAGGCCCCUCGUAGCUGCAUCUCACGUUUUGGACUCCUAAAGUCUUAUCUAGACUUUGUUUUCAUUUUGAUGUUCACAUCCUUCCUUCAAAUGCCAUUUUAGAGAGAGUCAUCCAGCGCUACCAGGCUCACAAAGAUGCAGAUGCUGCAGUUAAUGAGCAUACAAAUGGGACUGAGAAGCAGCUGUCAGCAUGCAGGUCUCCCGAGGCUGGUCCUGACUUGCUGCAGAAUGUUCAGAAGCACGUGGAAGCAAAGACUGUUGAGCAGCUAGAUUCUACUCAAGUCAUGCAACUAGAGAGGAACCUGCAGUCCUUGCUCAGGGAGGCCCAAGUUCGAAAGACGGAGCUAAUGAUUGAAGCCGUUUCAAGCCUUCAGCAGCAGGAAAUCUCCCUCCCUACAGAAAACCUGCUGAUGGAAAAUGAGCUUUCAGGCAUGACCAACCACCAGAACCUCAAUCAGAAUCAGCAGCAGCAGGAACAGGAAUUGGAAGCCAUUCAAGACCCCGAUCAGCAGCAACAACUUCUCCUGAUGGGCAUGCACCUGAACAACAGCAAUGGUGGAGGAUCCAGCAUCAUCCCAAUCCAGCAAUUGCAGCAUCAUCAACAGAACCCACUUUUCCUCAUGGGUAUGCAUCUAAACAAUCACCAACCUCCUACAACAAAUGAUAACAACGUUAGCAAUGGUGGUGGAUCUGGCCCUUCUCCUGCCUCUCUGCUCCAGAGGGAUGCCUUCCAGAAGGGCGUCCUUCACUUCUUCUGACCAUCAGAAACAAACUGCAUGGCAAGAAAGAACUAAGAAGAGCAUUCCCUCAGGUCAUCUGCUUCUUUUGCCACCGCCUAUUUGGAACUAUUUAUUACUACUAGAAGAUGGUUCAAUCCCCCAUCAAAAGAAAGGUUGAUGGUAUUUGUACUAUUUUCCCCUAAUAGUUUUGCGAUUUUGAGUGCGUGACAUAAGCCCCAGCCGCCCUGCCUUGGGGUGUGUACUUCUACAAGUGAAUAAAGAGAUUUGUGGGGCAAAAAAGAUGGCAAACAGCAGCGGUACCUGCUUGCUGCUGUCCAUGGUAUAUAUGAUGUGUAAGAAAAAGGUGUGCCACAUGUGGCUGACAUUGCCACGUCGCAGGUCUGAAAAGUCCCACCUUGGAAUUGUGGGCUUUCAAUUGUAAUAAAACUGUGUACUAUUAUUGAAGUAUUAUAUGUAUGAUGUAUUUGGUAUUGUUAUAUGCAAUGUAGUCAAAAU